CCUGUUAAGGCAGUCUGUUCUCACGGCAGCCUCUAUGAAGUAGGCAUUGUCAUGUCGCAGUUUUAUGGGUGUGGUAAUAGAAUCACAGAGAGGUUAAGUUAUUUGAUCAAGAUCAGACAGCAAGUAAGUCAGGGAGCCAGGAUUUGAGUCUAGAUCAUCCGGACUUGUAAUCACUCUAUUCCUUGGUGCUAACAUUUGCUACCAUAUGAAAUUUUCCACCUUUGAUGUCACCAUUAUCUUGUAAGUGGUGAGAAAAUCGCACCUUUUAGAAACUCACAAAAUGUUGGUGUGUCAUAUGGCGAAUGAUUUUCUUCUUGACCUAAGCCUGCAUCUCAGGAAGUUAGAAGAAGGAAAGUUUUCUGCGGAGGAUCCAUGUAACUUUCAGGAAAUGCUGCACGUGGUUUCACAGCUACUAUAAGGCCUGUAAAAACAAAAAUAUAUUCAAAUUAUUUAACAUGACAGAGGUAUUUAUCAAGACGUCUGGUGCAUUUCUUAUCAAAGGAUGUCCUGACUCUGUUGACCAGCACGCCUCAUUUAAAAUGAAGAAAACAAAACCGAAAAGCCCCAGCUUCCAAAUCCAUACAAUUAUUUCUAUGUUUUUGAUUCUGUGAUGGUGGCGAUUUUUUUUCCCCAAAGAAGCACAGACCUCCUUAUUUUUGGAUGCUUUUCCCACAAGAAGAGGUUGCUUCUCACUUAUCAGCUUCCUGGAUCUGAGCAAAAUCAUCAUACCUCUGUCACCGAGCGAUGAUUUCUAUUGAAGCAGCAAUGGGUAUGAUCAUCCUCAUACAGACUGGAACGGGGAUUGUGGGGAAUUCUUUACUCCUUGGUCUUUAUAUCUGUUCUCUUUUCAGGAGACACAAAUUGAGACCAUUAGAGCAAAUAGUCAACCAUCUUGCAUUAGCCAAUACAUUGAUCCUUUUUUGUGGAGGAAUCCCUCAGACAAUGGCAGCCUUUGGUUUGCAGUAUUUCCUGGAUGAUGUUGGAUGUAAACUUGUCUUUUAUUGUCACAGAGUGGCCUGGGGAAAUUCUCUCAGCACCACCUGUCUUUUAGGUGGCUUCCAGGCCUUAAGUAUCAAUCCCACAAACGCCAGAUGGAUAGCACUCAAAUUCAAAUCCCCAAAGUAUAUUAAUUCUCCCUGUAUCAUAAGCUGGAUAUUUCAUUUGCUGAUAAAUAUCAUUGUUCCUAUGAGAAUCACUGGCCAAAAGAAUAGCAGAAAUAUCACCAUGAAAUCAAAUUUUAGAUACUGUUUUCGUCUAUUUAUGGAUGUAAUUGCAGAAUCAACGUGGUCAGUUAUUUUCUCUUUUAUUGACGUUAUUUGUUUGGGAAUCAUGAUAUGGGCCAGUGGAUUCAUGAUAUUUUUCCUUCACAGGCACAAACAGCAAGCCCGAUACAUUCACAGCACUAGACAAUCCUCCCAAAUGUCCCCAGAGACCAGAGCCACAAAAUCUAUCCUGAUGCUUGUGAGCACUUUUGUCUUAUUUUAUUCUUUCGCUUCUGCUCUUGAAACUUGUCAUUAUCUUUUUGACGAUCUACACUCACGGCUUGUGGAGACCGGUGCAUUUAUAACAUCUUCUUUUCCGACCUUAAGCCCCUUUUUGCUCUUAAAAAGUGACACCCAUCUCUCCAGCCUCUGCUCUUCCUGCUGAGGAAAUUGGAGAACUCACCCAGUUGCAGAUACUACUGCACAGUACUCAUUCAUCCAUUCAUUGCACACUGUGAAGUACCUUCUCGGCAUCACACCUAUUUUAGAUACAGAAGUGAACAGGAAGGAAACUACUACAAUAAAGACCGGGGGGGAUCCAGACAUCGAUUGAACAAUGACACAAUAAUGAUACAGUUGCAGUUACACAGGUUGCUGCAAUGAGCAGCUCAGGGUGGCUUAUUUCAGGACCACGGACAGCUCCCUCUCGUUAAACGCAAUUUAUAGGAGGCCCUUAGUUUGGACCAAGCUCCCGCACAAGGCCCAAAGGACCAAGUGACAAUGGAGUCGCUCAUGCUGAAGUUUCACGCCACCAAGCCCAAAGUAGGUUGUUUAUCUGACUUUCCAAGAAAUCAGCGGGGAGAGAGAUAAUAACCAAAUCCCCAAACAGGCUAGUUUUUUAGUCAGCAUGACUAAAUCCCCUCUGCUUUAACCUUUAAAAGGAAAGUAACUUCGAAACAGUCAAUCCGCUUUUUGUUCUCCGUGUCUGCCUUUAUUAGCUCUUUUCAGUCUAGUAUGACACCAGCCUCCUCUGCUCUGAUCAUCUGAACACUUGUUCUAUUUUUGUAGCACAAAGUGCAACAAAGUUGCCCAAUUCUAGAAUCACAAAUAAAAGCCAAUUAAGAUCUUUAUAUUUGUUGUAAUUU